AUGGACAUGACCGAGCCCCGGCGCGGGGCUUCAGAGGAGGUUGCUCGCGACCCUGCCCAUAGCCCCGCGUCCCCAGGGAUUCAGCAGGAGCUCCCCGAUGACCUACCCAAGUCGCUGGACGAUCGCCGGUCGGUGCCGGUCUUCCAGGAGACCGAAAUGUACGAUGCGUGGCAGGGACAAUCCCAAUUCCUUACAACGCCCGUCGCUGCGAAACCCUUGAGCUUCAGUCUCGCCCUCGAUGACCACAUACACGACUCAGAAACCGAACUACGAGCUCGCGACCUGGAGGAUAGUGAUGCCCGACUGAUGGAAAUGCUUGCAGCGCAGGCCGCUCAUCGCGAAGUGGACUCGCUCGGCGCCGAUGAAGAGAGCAUAGCCGCGGAUGAAAAACUGACCGAUACGGAGAAACGGGAUAUUCUGCAGAAAAGUCUCAACAUGGCGGCCAGCAACGGCGACGUCGAGCGCGUGCGAAAGCUUGUACAAGGGCCUGCAAAGAGCUAUGUUGACGUGAAUAUGUUCGACGAGGAGGGCACAGUACCCUUGAUCUACGCCAGCUGUUUCGGUCACCAAGAUGUGGUUUCAGCGCUUCUCGACGCCGGUGCCUUUGUCGACCAGCAGGAUCGCAACCAGUGGAGCGCGCUGAUGUGGGCUAUGACCAAUCGACACAAGACGAUCGCGAAGAUACUCCUCGACCAUGGAGCCUCGCCAGAUAUCAAGUCGUCAUCCGGUGGCACAGCAUUCGACUUCGCCCAACCGGGAAGUGAGAUUUCGGAGUACCUGCACGAAAAUGGUUAUAGCUUUGGACCCGGUGCUGUUGAGGAUGAUUUCUAUGAUGCCGGUCUCGCACACGGUCGUUUCGAGGAGGAACUUGCGGAGAACGAGAUGAAGCGCCGCAUGAUGAUGGAGGAGAGCGCAAUCAACUUGGAGGUGGAUCUGUCAAGCCUGGGCCUGGACGAGAAAUUCGAGCCAUCGGAUGACGAGGAUUUGGAUGAUGAACAACAAGAGUUUGUUUGGGACCGAUGCCUGAACGAUCAGAUGUUUGUGUUUCAAGAGCACGAAUUGGAGCGUAUUUUGGACAUGAUAAUCACCAACAUGACGCCACAGCGGUCCCCGUCUCAAAAGCCCGUGCCGGCAAAUCUGCUCUUCCUCAGUGCGCGUUAUGCACACUAUCAUGCCAGCCCUGAGCUGCUGGCGACUCUUCUUACUUCUGCAACGGAAAAGAUCAACGACGUGGUGGAACGUUAUCAGUGGGAUAUGACCAUGCAGGCGUUCUGGCUGUCUAACGCCACCCUACUGCUUCACUACCUCAAGAAAGAUGCUGGGUUGGUGGAAGCCACCGUACAGUUCCAGCUCCACCUGGCCGAGCUCAUCAAUGAGAUUUUCGUGCUCAUCAUCCGUGACGCCGAGCGGCGAAUGAACAAAGUCCUGGAUGCGGCAAUGCUGGACCAUGAAACCAUCCCUGGAAUGGAAGACAUUGCUUUCCAAAACGAGUGGAAGCUUUUCCGGAAAAAGAAGUCUGAAGCGCCCGAGCCUGCAGAGAAGCGAUUCAGGCCGCCCUCUCCUCGACGGCGUGCGCAGAUCUCGCCUCGUAACAUUACCUCCCUUCUCUCGUCAACCCUUUUCGUCCUUGACCUCUACGACGUCCACUCUGUGAUUACCACCCAAAUCCUCUCUCAACUUUUAUACUGGCUUAGUGCGGAGAUUUUCAACCGCAUCUUGAGCACGAGACGAUAUCUGGCGCGGACAAAAGCAAUGCAGAUUCGCAUGAAUGUUUCUACAUUGGAGGAUUGGGCCCGCACCAAUAACCGUCAGCCUGAACACUACGAGAACGGGUCCUUGACAAGCACGGGAGAAACCACGGUGGAUGCUGCUCGUCGACACCUGGCCCCGGUCAUUCAGCUCCUCCAGUGGUUGCAAUGCUUUUCCUCGCUUGGCGAGGACCACGAGUCCUUUGUGACAACUCUGUUGCAGCUCCAGCAGCUCAAUCCGAUUCAGCUCUUGCAUGCUGUCAAGUCCUACCGGCCCGAGGUUGGCGAAAAGGGUCUAACCAAGCAAGCCAUGCGGUUCCUUUUGGACCUGCAGCGGGAUCCUGAGCUCAUGUACCGGGAGCAAUUCAGGAUCCAGGAAGAAAAGGCGAGAGCUGAUGCGGGGACGGCUGCUAACAAAGCAAAGGAAGACCGUCCGAAGACACCCACGAAAGACAAAACUAAGACCGAUGCUCCCUCACAACCCCCUGGAAGUCCAGAUCCCGGCCUACCCUCUCCAGGCACUGUGGCUGCAACCUCACGGCCCACCAGCAUGUCCGCACCAUCUCGAAGCGAUGACCGCCCGGGCCCGGACAGUGUUUUUCUCGAUCCCACGUUCUUCCUUCCCUUCUCCCUGCCCACGAGCACUGACAUGCUCAUCAGUUACGGGGCCGGACUGGGUGGAACCAAUCGCGAGCGCGCACGCAAGUACAUCCCCACCGUUCCACCCGAAGUCCUCAGUCGGUUUGACCGCGGCGCCGCCGUAUAA